CGGCGGCAGCGGCAGCAGGGCGGCGGCGCAUCGGCCAUGCGGUGGCCCCGCGGCCCCCGCGGCGCCUGGCGGCUGCUGCCCCGGCGCUCGCUGCUGGCCGCGCUCUUCCUCUUCUCGCUCUCCUCCUCCUUCCUCUACUUCGUCUAUGUGGCGCCGGGCAUCGUGAACACCUACCUCUUCAUGAUGCAAGCCCAAGGCAUCAUGAUUCGUGAAAACAUGCGAACAAUAGGAGCUCAGGUGUACGAGCAGGUGGUCCGCAGUGCCUAUGCCAAGAGGAACAGCAGUGUGAACGACUCAGAUUAUCCUCUUGAUCUAAACCACAAUGACACCUUUCUGCAAGCCACAACGUUUCUUCCUGAAGACUUUACCUACUUCCCCAACCACACCUGUCCUGAGAGGCUCCCUUCUAUGAAGGGCCCCAUUGAUGUAAAUAUGAGCGAGAUUACAAUGGAGGAUAUCCACCAGUUCUUCGCAAAAGACCCUUCCAUCAAGCUGGGAGGCCACUGGAAGCCGAGCGACUGCCUGCCUCGCUGGAAGGUGGCAAUCCUGAUCCCAUUCCGCAAUCGAUACGAGCAUCUUCCUGUCCUCUUCAGACACCUUAUUCCCAUGCUGCAGCGGCAACGUUUACAGUUCGCCUUUUACGUUGUGGAACAAGCUGGAAACCAACCCUUUAACCGUGCCAUGCUCUUCAAUGUUGGCUUUCGGGAAGCAAUGAAGGACUUGGACUGGGACUGUCUCAUCUUUCAUGAUGUGGACCACAUACCAGAAAAUGACCGUAACUAUUAUGGGUGCGGACAGAUGCCGAGGCACUUUGCAGCCAAGCUGGAUAAGUACAUGUAUCUGCUCCCUUACAAUGAGUUCUUUGGUGGGGUGAGUGGCCUGACUGUCGAGCAGUUUCAGAAGAUCAACGGUUUCCCUAAUGCCUUCUGGGGCUGGGGUGGCGAAGAUGAUGAUCUCUGGAACAGAGUGCAGUACGCAGGCUACUCAGUGACUCGACCAGAAGGAGACACAGGGAAAUACAAAUCAAUUCCCCACCAUCAUCGGGGAGAAGUGCAGUUCCUAGGAAGGUAUGCCUUGCUGAGGAAGUCGAAAGAAAGGCAAGCCCUGGACGGCCUCAAUAACUUGAACUACUUUCCAAACGUCACGUAUGACGCCUUGUAUAAGAACAUCACUGUUAACCUGACACCGGAGCUGGCUCUGGUGACCGAAUAUUAAGAGGAAAAAAUAACUUUGCUCUGCCCUUCACCAAGAAAGCAUCACGCUAGACUUUCUUUUCCAAGGGUUAUCGAGGACAAGCAACACUUUGUCUAAUGAAGGAUCACAGUAUUUUGGAGAAUAAGGCUGAAAGUGCACGCACAAAUUGCCCUAGCUGUACCAAUCCAGCCCGAUACUCGUGCAGUGAGCUCAGCAGUCUCUUUCUUUUUUCUGCCACUUGCUUUCUGGGUUUCAGGACAAUGGUUCGACCUGCUGCUCUUGUCUCCACAUUCCUCCUCCAGCAAUCUCUGGCACUGGGACUCGCCUCGGAUGCGCUUUCUCCUCUGGGAAGCAGCUCAGCUGAGGGACUCUGGCUUCUCGACGGCGAACGUCGGGAGCGAUUCAGUCGGCAACUGCCCUGGUGGGAGAUCAAAUGACUUCUGAUACUGGUCUUCUAUGUCUGUGCAGUUUUUUAAAUGACCUGCUUGAAGUAUAUACAACAGAUUCGCUUCUUAAAGAAGUGUAAGUGUAAAUAUGCUGUGUAAAUUGCCCCUUUUUAUUUUUCUCCUAUGGCUCAAAUCCAAGCUAGACGUUUACAUACAGUCACUCAUUUUAGUCCUGAAUUCUGUAAACACUUGUGUGUGCAUCACUGUACUUGUGCAAGGUGUUCCCUUUUAAGCCAGUGAGACUGCUUGCAUGAUUUAAGCUGUGCGUAUGCAGAAAUGUCUGUGGGACGGGGCCCUGAACUUUCCAAUGUAGUGGUUGAGAAAUACAGCUGUAUCAUCGCUCAUUCCAGGAACCACAGGGGUGGCUUUUUCCAGGGAGAGUGAGGAAAUGGGAAUAUUUAUGAAAAAACUCCCCUUUCUGUCACUUUUGCAACAUGAUGUGCAAAUGAAUCCAAAAGCCAUAUGGAAUAAAAUCCCUUUCCUGUUGCUCUCUAUCCCACUGAUGACAAGCGUGAGCUUGGCGGAUUGCUCAAGAGCUCGCAUCAGUCCUGCCCAUGUGCUGCCCUUGGGAUGGGGCAGCUGGCCGCACCAAGCCCGCCCUGGACCGGCAGCACCCUGCCGUCACUCCUAUAAUGUGAUGGUACAGUUUGGGAGGUUGUUUUAGUUGUAUUUAUUGUGUAAAUCUAGCAGCACACUGAAGUGUUGUCAGAGCCAGGUAGUGCACUUCGUUAUCACCGUUGGCACUUGGCAGCACUUGCACAGGCACAGCUGGUGGGGCAGGUUGUCACAGGUUAGUGAAAGAAAUGAAGGACGCAUGAAUCAAGCUCAUGAAAACAUGAGGACUGGGAACCAGAGAGCUUGGUCCAACACCCCAUCCAAACUGGAGUGCCCCUUCCCCACAGCUGCUGUGGGCAGGCUGGGCUCUGGGCUCUCCUCCCCACUGACACUCAAUCCAGUCCUUACGCAGCACCAACACAGUCACUUUUACUGGACCUCUCCGACUUAAAAGUAAAUACAUUGGGGGUUGCUUUUUAAUUUGUAUUUAUACAUAACAAUGGUGGGUACUUAACCUCUGAAGUACUUUAACUUUCUUUUUAUUGUGUUGUUUGCCUUCAGUUUCCUUAACUUCUCAUGGUUUACAUUGUUUUCUUGGUUCCGUGGACAUAUGAUCCCCAUACACAUCUGUUGUGGGUGUGACUGCCCAGGGCAUUCCUAACCUGUAUCCAGAAAACGUUAGUUUAGAAAACACGAGUUCUUGUGUAGAUCUUAUCGGCCGGUAUGAGAGGACAGCGAGCCUGCCCUUGAAAAGCGCUGAUAAGUUUGUAACUUAGGUUUAAAGUCUUUGAACUUACAUGUGCUUUAAACUCGCUUCCCAAGGGGAUUCAACCGGUUUAUUUAUAGGCAGAGGUGAGGAUUUGCUUUUUAUGGCGCAUAUAGCAAUAAAGACUUUUGCUUCUGAAUCUCGAUCUCUAAUUCAUGUGGACCCUUUUCAGAUGCUGAACCUGUGUUGCCCUGCCCCUCUUUUCUUUCAUCUUGAGACCUUGCUAGAAAUCUGUCUUUGUUUAAUGGUGCUUCAAACAAGGAAUGUAUUUCAACUAGUCCAAGUUCACUACCCCAGGAAUCAUGCAUGUGUGUGUGAGUAGGUGUUAAACUACCUUAGUCGGGAUCCUCAGCCUUCGAUGUGUACCUGACACCCAUCGCACCUUGUGUUGAACAAAAAGGCGUUACCUCUGUUCAGAAAUGCACUCUAUGGUUGGCACAAAAGGGUCCACGCCCCCCCCCCCCCCCCCCAGCAGCACCCCUCUUCAUAGUUCCUUUGUUCUAAUCACGUUGAAAUUUUUUUCCCUUUUUAAAAUGUGGAAUAUCUGAAAAUGUGCACUGUUAAUCUUAGCAGCUAUGUCAAAUACUGUAUAGUAAAUGUAACUGUUAAAAACAUACUGUCAAGCGCAUGUGCUGUUAUGGUGUAAAAAUUCUCAUAUUAAGGAGAACUUGUACAUAUUCUGGCAGCUGAAAUUCAACAAGGCCACUUGUUCGCCCCUUCCAUGUCAACACCGUUGGUCUGCCCUGCUGGAGGGCAGGUCCUGUUUGAUGCUGAUUUUUUUUUUUUUUUUAAAUGCAAAACUAUUUAUUGACAGUUAAUUAUCUGUAAAGCUCUGCUUCUCUAAGGGAGGUACUGUCUGAGCAACAGCCACGUGCUUUGGGUUGCUCACCAUCAGAAGUGGCUUUAAACUUUAAAGUAGAUUUCCAUCAUCAUGGCUUUUGAGCUUACUGUUAUGUUUUUAAGAGGUGCCAGGGGGACAUUUUUGCACUGAAGACUAGUGUUUUAAAACACACACACACUUCUCAGCAAAGCAAUCCUUUGUGUCAUUACAUUUAUUUACCCAUGUGUUUGUACAUUUUUGUAUUUGUUAAUUUAUGAAUGAUUUUUUCAGUAAAAAAUACAUAU